AUGAAUUAAUUACCAAAAGAAUCUAUUAAAAAAAGGUUAUAAGAACACAUAAAUAAAGAAGUUGUAAUAUAAUUUCAAGAGGAAGAUAAGUAAAAGGGAUCUUGUUAUCAUUAGAUAAUUAUGUAAAUUUAGUUUUAGAUGAAGUGAGAGAAUUACCAUCUUAAAGAAUUUUUGGACUGGUAAUUUGUAGAGGGGCUUUAAUUAACAGUUUUGCAAUUGAUGGAAUGGUUGAAAUUGAAAAUCCUUACCAAAUUGAUUUAUAAUAUUAAUGA